AGAUGUGAAGAUAUAUUGUGAUGAACUACAAUUGAGCUGGAAAGCUACAGGAUGCAGUGUAAUGGCAGAUGGGUGGACAGACAACAAGAACAAAACAUUGGUAAACUUCCUUGUAUAUUGCCCUCUUGGUACUAUGUUCUUAAAAUCCGUUGAUUUGUCUGAUACUCCUAAGACUAUUGAUGUGUUGUUUGGGAUUUUUGAUAAAGUUAUAGAAGAAGUUGGGCCUGAAAAUGUCAUACAAUUUAUCACUGAUAAUGCAGCAAAUUAUAAAGUUGCAGGUGAAAUGUUAGCAGCACGAUAUGGGACAUUUUAUUGGAGUCCAUGUGCUGCUCACUGUGUAAAUCUUAUGCUUCAAGAUCUUGGUGAAAGAGAUGAUAUGAAGUUGACAGUUCAUAGAUGCCAAGAAAUCACGAAGUUUAUUUAUAAUCAUGCUUAUGUCUUGAAUUUGAUGAGGAAAUUCACAAAUGGGGUUGAAUUGAUUCGACCUGCACAAACACGGUUUGCUACAAAUGUUUUGACUGUGCAGGGUAUAGUCAAGCAAAGAACUUCUCUCAGGCAGAUGUUUUCAAGUGAUGAUUGGGCUGCAUAUCCACAUGCCUAUAAAAGAAAGGCAACGACAGUUGUGGAUACCACCUUCGAUGCUGACUUUUGGGAAUCAUGUGUGCACUUAUUGAAGAUUUGUGUACCUCUAGUGAAAGUCCUCAGUUUAGUUGAUAGUGAAGAUAGACCUUCUAUUGGAUAUUUAUAUGAGUCUAUGGACAGAGCCAAGGAGGCCAUUAGAGAUAAUAUGAAGGGGAAAAAGAAGUUGUACAUGCCUAUAUGGAAGAUUAUAGAUGAAAGGUGGUCAGGACAACUUCAUCGCCCACUUCAUGCAGCAGCCUACUACCUAAAUCCUGCUAUUAGAUAUCUUCCCACUUUUAAGAAGGACAGAGAGGUAGAGUAUGGCAUGUUGGAUUGUAUUGAUGUAUUAGUAAGUGAUAGUAAAGAACAAGACGCCAUCCAUAUGUCGAUCAACAAAUAUGAUACGGCUUCUGGUACCAUGGCGAGAGACACAGCAGUUCGAUGCAGGACAACUAUGCGUCCAGAUUUGUGGUGGGAAAGGUUUGGGCCUGAUUGCCCAGAAUUAAGGAAGCUUGCAAUUAGAAUCCUCAGUCAAACAUGUAGUGCAACUGGAUGUGAAAGAAAUUGGAGUGUAUUUCAGCACAUCCAUAGUAAGAAGAGGAAUAGGCUGGAACAUAAAAGGUUGAAUGACCUUGUUUAUGUUCGUUAUAAUAUGAAGUUGAGACAAAGGCAACUAGAAACAACAUCUACGAGGAAGCAUCACAAUCAAUAUGAUCCUAUCUUCAUUGACCAUUUUGAUAUAUUAGAUUCUUGGGUUGAAGAAGAACCAGCUGCAAUACUUGAUGAGGACGAUCUUGAUUUUUUGAAUGUUGAAGGAGCAACAGAGAUUGUUGAAGAAGGAGAGGUUGGGUCGGAGCAAUGGAAUGUUGGUGACAUUCCAUUUGCAACAGAGGGGAUAGAAGAAGAAGUUAUUGAAGAAAAUGAAGAUGAUGAUGAAGAAUGAAGAUGAUGAUGCAAAUGACGAUUGACGAUGCUUUUUGUUUUGAGUUUUGAAAACUAUGUCAAUAUGUUCUGAGUUUUGACUUCUGAACUUAUGAAUUGUGAUGUAAUUGAAUACUCUUAGGUUGUUUAGUAUGUUAUUUUGUUUUUUGAAUGUUUGAUUUCUUAUUUUGGAAUGUCUUGUUCAUAUGCAUACCUCAUACUUCAUAGUUCAUAUACAUGAAUGAUGAAUGUUCCUUUACUUUAAAUACAUUUUUCUUGAAUUUUUCUGAUUUUUACUAGUUUUUUCGGAUUUUUUUAGAUUUUUUCUGAUUUUUUUCUAUUUUUUAUAAAUUUUUAAUAUUUUUACAAAUUAAAAAAUUAAUUUUACGAUACGUUACGAUACAUUUACGCUACGUUACGAUACAGUGCAUAGGUCGGCCCGACCGAUACACGAUACGAUACGGCAGUGAUAACAUUGCUCUUAGGUUGCUUAGUAUGCUGUUUUAUUUUUGAAUGUUUGAUUUCUUAUUUUGGAAUGUCUUGUUCAUAUGCAUACUUCACAGGUCAUACUUCAUUUACAUGAAUGAUGAAUGUUCCUUUAAAUACAUUUUUCUUGAAUUUUUCGGAUUUUUACUAGUUUUUUCCGAUUUUUUUAGAAUUUUUCUGAUUUUUUUUCUAUUUUUUAUAAAUUUUUAAUAUUUUUUACAAAUUAAAAAAUUAAUUUUACGAUACGUUACGAUACGGCGUAUAGGUCGGCCCGACCGAUACACGAUACGAUACGACAGUGAUAACAUUGGUCUGUACUCUCUCAGGUAUCACUUCUUCCUCUUUCUUUUCCCUCUCUGGGACAUCGGUGGCCAUUGCUACCACCAAAAACGCUAGUUGUUGAGCAACUAAGGUUUUUAGAGCAGCCUUAGGCUCAACACUUGUGCUUACUGCCUUCAAGGUGACAGGCUUGUCACCUCCCUUCUUUAAAAAGCUCAUUGUCAUAUUUUUAAAGUCCAAGAAAUGACUCCUAACUCCUAAGGUUUCCAACCAUUUCACUCCCAACACCAGGUCUAUCCCGCUAAUAGGUAGGACCAAUAGAUCAACCUUAAAAGGUAUCUUCUGGAGCGUGAGGUGCACAUCAUUGCAAGCAUGCGAACAAAAUAAACAAGAUCCGUCUCCAACCAUUACUGUCAAUGGCGACUGCGAUGUCAAAGGGUGACCUACGGCUUUGGGCCGUCUCCAUGGUUUGGACCAAGUUCUUUAAUUCCUCGUCAUAAUCUACAAAGGUAGUCACCAAAUCAUGCCCUAUAUGCUAACAUGCUAACAACUCCUAGAGUACGUUAUGAUUUCCCUAGGUUCAAUGGUGAUGCCCUACGUGAAUGGGUAUUCAAGGCGGAAAGGUAUUUCACAUGUCAGCAUGUACCCAAGAAGAAUGGAUUGAAACCGCUACCAUGUACAUAGAAGGCGAUGCGAUGAGUUGGUACUUGUGGUACCAACACGGACGUGCAGAACCUACAAGGGAAAACAUGCCCGUUCCUUGGAAGAUUUUGCUUCAAAGGGCAGCUACAGCAGUCGGCAGUUCCCUAGGUACGUUAUGAUUUUCCUAGGUUCAAUGGUGAUGCCCUACGUGAAUAGGUAUUCAAGGCGGAAAGGUAUUUCACAUGUCAGCAUGUACCCCAAAAAAAAUGGAUUGAAACCGCUACCAUGUACAUGGAAGGCAAUGCGAUGAGUUGGUACUUGGGGUACCAACACGGAUGUGCAAAACCUACAUCGGAGCAGUUCAAAACCUACAUCGGAGCAGUUUAAGGCGGCAGGUCUUCAACUUCGAUUUGGUGACUCUACCUUUGUACAUUAUGACGAGGAAUUAAAGAAUGUGGUCCAAACCAUUGUCACAAAAAAUGUGUACGGGUAUAAUACAACGAGGUAAAAGAUGGGUAUAAUACGGCAAAGUUGUAUAUAUCUCGGGAAUAAAACGGAAAAAAGAUGGCAAAUUUUUAAAAAAUAAAUAAAUAUCCUAACAAUUAUAUAAAAAUAAAAUAAAUGAUAAAUUAAAAAAAAACAUUGAAAAAAUUGUCAAUAGUAUAAUUUCUGAUCCCAUUUUAAAAAGCUUUGUGCCAAGCUGUGCAUUUGAAUCCACAGUCAAAGGGUUCUGGAAUAGAGAAGAAAGUGUAAGGGCAGGAGAUGUGCAAGCAACUCCUUCGUCUUCUUCUGCCCUCUGAUGAAUUUAUCAGGAAAAUGAAAUCACAUUUCUUUCACUGUGUCCUCGUUGUGCUUGCUCACGUUAUAAAAAAUUGAGAAUACAUUUGCAGUUCACCUAAAACUAUCAAUUAUCAACUAAAACUAUCAACUACCUACUACUUCUUCAAGGGAAGAGAAGCACUUCUAGAGAUCGACGGACUUUUUUCAGCUUUAUAAACACUAUGAAAUUAUUGGCAACAAGGAAAAUGCAGGGGAAACUAGUCCAUGUAAACGAAUUAAAAAAACGAACAUGGAAUCAAAAAAAAAAUCCAUUGACUAACACAGAAUGAGAACCUCUCACCGCUCGUCCGUCUGGCGUCCCCUCUUCAGUCGAAUGCCCUUUUCAGUCGAAUGAGAAUGAGAAGGAGACGAAGGAAGUCAAAUGCCCUCUUCGGCAGCUCAGCCGAAUGAGAACAAGAAGGAGAUGAAGGAAGUCGAUGAGAAUGAGAAGGAGACGAACCUCUCACCAAUCGUCCAUCUGGUGUCCCCUCUUCAUCACGAACCUCUCAGCCUCUCACUGGCAUCCCCUUUUCGUCACAGGAAGGAAGGAAGUCGAAGAGUCAAUGCGCGUUAGAAUUUCAGUUUUUAAAUCUAAGCCGUUUUUUUCUAUGUAAAAAUACACUUUUGCCAUUAAAAGGAGAUCAAGUUAAAAAAAAAAAAACCAACUUUUUAAACAAUAUUACACGUUGUGCCAUUCUUCCAUGCUCCUUCAAAAAUAGCCUUCAAAAAUAUAACGAAAGACGCGUAUAAAAUGCAUUUUUUAUGAUUUGACAUUUUUUUAAAAAAAACGUGUCUUAUUCCCGUUUUAUACGUUAGAGAUGUUUUUAACAUCUAAUACGCAUUUUUUUAAAAAAAACGCCAUUUUUUGUAACAAUGGCCCAAGCCAUAGGUCACCCUUUGACAUCGCAGUAUCCAUUGACAGUAAUGGUUGAAGACGGAUCUCGUUUAUAUUGUUCGCAUGCUUGCAAUGAUGUGCACCUCACGCUCUAGAAGAUACCUUUUAAGGUUGAUCUAUUGAUCCUACCUAUUAGCGGGAUAGUCAUAGUGUUGGGAGUGAAAUGGUUGGAAACCUUAGGAGUCAUUUCAUGGGACUUUAAAAACAUGACAAUGAGCUUCCUAAAUGAGGGAAGUGACAAGCCUGUGUCACUUUGAAGGCAGUAAGCACAAGUGUUGAGCCUAAGGCCGUUCUAAAAACCUUAGUGGCUCAACAACCAGCGUUUUGGGUGGUAGCAAUGGCCACCAAUGUCCCAUAGAAAGAAAAGAAAGAGGAAGAAGUGAUACCUGAGAGAGUACAGGCAAUGUUGAAUGAGUUCGAAUGAGUUCGAAUGAGUUCGAAGAUAUCUUUGCAGAACCCAAGGGCCUUCCCCGUAAAAGGGCCUAUGACCACCGGAUUAUCAUGGCUCAGGGAGCCAAACCUGUGAAUGUCAGACCGUACAGACAUGGGUAUAGCCAGAAGGCAGAGAUAGAGCGAUUAGUGAAAGAAAUGCUCAAAGGAGGCAUCAUUAAGCCUAGUAGUAGUCCUUUCUCUUUCCCCGUACUCUUGGUGAAGAAGAAGGACAAUACAUGGCAUUUUUGCGUUGACUACCGAGCACUAAAUGAAGCAUGUUAAGGAUCGGCACCCCAUACCUGUGAUUGACAAAAUGUUGGAUGAGCUAACUAACACCACCAUUUUUUAAAAGAUAGAUUUAAGGGCUGGUUAUCAUCAAAUCUGGAUGCAUGUCGAA